CACGCUGCUGGUGCAUGAAGCGACUCAUCCUCCCUGUAGGUGUGUGUGUGUGUUAUGAAGAGUGUGUUUCAUGAAGUGUGUGUUUCAUGAAGAGUGUGUGUAGCGUCGCUGUGGAUCUGAUCGGACCCGGAGCUCGUCGCCUCGGAGCGGACAUGUGCAAAGAGCUGAGGACCAAAGUGCUGCGGUUCCUUCCGCCGACCCCCAGCGGGCCCACGGUCCACCAGGACCAGGCAGAUGGUGCCGACAUCCUGAGGUGCACGGCGGAGGCCCUGAAGGAGGGUCACGUUGUCGGCGUGCCCACAGACACCAUCUAUGGCCUGGCGUGUCUGGCUCAAAACUCCGACGCUGUCCGGAAAACGUACGACGUGAAGGGGAGGAACGGACACAAGCCGCUGGCCAUCUGCGUGGGAGAAAUCCAGGACAUCUACAAGUACUGUAAGGUGAACGUGAAGGAGGAGCUGUUAGGUGACCUGCUGCCCGGUCCCGUCACUCUGGUGUUCGAAAGGUCGGACCUACUCAACACGGAUCUCAACCCCUUCACCUCACUUGUUGGCGUGCGUAUCCCAGACCACUCCUUCAUGAGGCGUCUCUGCCAGAUGUGUGGGGAACCACUGGCGCUCACCAGUGCCAACAUCAGCGCACACAGCAGCACUCUGGAAGUACAAGAGUUCCAGGAGCUUUGGCCCAAACUCGCAGUUGUGGUGGAUGGUGGACCAAUCACAGACCAGAGCCGCCUGGGAUCAACGGUGGUCGACCUGUCGGUGCUCGGCAAAUAUCACAUCAUCAGGCCUGGCUGCGCCCUUUCGUCUACGCUUGAUGUGCUGGAGCGCAAACACGGACUGUCAGCGGACUCGGACAAAUGACCUCUGAACUCUCAACACUCCACAACACGGGCUGAGACGCACAAUUAGCUCUGACCUCGGGGCUUCCUUGUAUUUUUGUGUUCACACAGAAGAACGAGAGACUAAUACUCAGGAACGAGUCGAGUCUUAAAAGACGGACGGCCGAAGUUGUUCUGGUGGCGGAUUUAAGGUCUGGGGUUUUUCUUUUGAUGCUUUACCAUGUGCCGACUAUCACAUUAUGUGUCUAAGUUAUCAAUCAUUUAUUUAGAAGAAUGCAGGUCAGCUACGUUUGGGAAUUUCUAUGCAUAAAUAUACAAUGUCAUCUUUUUGUACUGUCGUG